UGCGUUUAAAAUGACAAUAGUAGUAUAUUAUUUAUUGACGAACUUUUAUUGAACGAUCAUUAUUUAAUAAAUUUUAAUAUGGCAAUGAAGAUUCGGAGAAGAAAUAGGAACACACAUUUCUUGUUGUAACAUCUUAGUUUAAUUAGUUGUGUAUAAUAGAGUAAUUAAUGAAAGUAAUAAAUAGUAGGACCAAAAAUAAUUAGUUAAUGAGUAGGUGCAACAAUUUUUUUUAAGUAGAUUUUUUAGGACUCCUUCUCUUUUAAUAGUAUUGAUAUCAUAUCUAAGUGUAUUUCUCCAAAUUUUCCCUUUUUAGAUUUAAAAUAAACUUCAUUCAUACCGGAUCCAGAUAAAUUUGUAAGAAUUUAAAAAAAAAUUAAAAUAACUCAUGUAUUUAGAAAUGUCAUCAACUAAUUUAUAAAAAUUAAAAAUUAACAUCUCCACGAACAUGCUGUAGUUAGUUAGCAUUAUUUAGACAACAAUUGUUGUUUCUUUAAGUUGAGUAUUAUUUCACAUAUCUUAAGCUCUUGUAAAGGAUUUGACGUUGCUAUGUUGACACUCAGAAACAGCAUACCUUAUUUCGUUUAAUAUAUUAUAAAGUAUGUAUAUCUGAAAAUAUGCAUAUCUGUUUUAUGUUUCUAUCAAAAAGAUAAAGGGAAUGAGGAUCGCUGGAUGCGUUAUCCGGUCGGUGAACGAUCGUGAAUCACACUCAAAAGUAACAAUACAUAGACCAAAACUAGGCACCACACCACUUGUAUUGUAUGUUCUCUCUCUACCAGUCUACCACCCCCUCGAGCUUUACUUGUCCUUAUCACUUCCCUUUUUCAUCUUAGUUGUCUCAUUCUAAUAGUUAGUGGUUCUCUUCCUAAGUUUAAUCACCAACCGCGUGUGUUUUCAAAAAAAAAAAAAAAAAAAAAAAAAAUCACCAACCGCGUCACUCCUGCCGAACGCCGACCUUUUCCAUUCUCUCUUUCACUAUUAUUUUCACAAAAACGAAACAUUUUUAUCUACGUCAUUGUAUCAUUUCAACUUUAAUCCCAACAGCAUCACUUAACACUGCUCCUCAGUCCUUUGAUGAUUUUUGUUACUUUACACAUUUGCUUGACCUCAUCCACAUGCCCUUGCCUCACACCAAACUAUCUUAGCACUAGCAGUAACUAUUCUAACUCAUACAAAAUACAACCAAUAUGCUUUACAAUACAUAUAUAGUAGUACUAUAUUUAUAUAUCACCAAAUUUAAUAGUAUUUACACUUUAUGGUCUAUCAUUUUUUUUUUGCUAAAUUAUAAAUAUCAUUAACUGAAUAAUGAAAGUUUGAUUACAAUAGAAAUUGAAAUCCAAGAUUGCUCAAAGAGCUGAUCUGAUCCUAGAAGCCGCAAAAAAAAAGUAAAAGAACCUACAACAUCCAUAAAAGAUCUAAGGAUAUUGCAACAAUACACUUAGAACUAAAGCUUAGCAACAAGUAUCAACUAAUUUCCUAACUCAAGCGCUUCCUAAACUCUUUGCUGAUCGAAACCUGCAGAGAGAGGAGUUUGGCUAAACGGGGACGGUUUGCCGAAGACUAACCCGAAGGUUUCUCGAGCUGCGACGACGGAGAGCCUAGCUUACACUCCGGUGCUAGCUGAGGAGGGACUUCGUUGAAACCAAACCCAAUACCACUCGGAAAGUAGCUGUCUAACUUGCCAAGAUGUCUUCACUUGAAAUAGAGCACAUGAAACGAUGGUCAAUCAUAUUAAGAAAAGAUGUAAUGAUAUAAGGUCUUCUUUGGUACUAUAGGAAAUUCAAAUAUUUUGAUUAUUGAAGUUAUCAUAAUUAAAAGCCGUUGUCAACUUUUUAAUUCGUAUUAAUAGUGUAUACUAUAAAUUUAUAUACAUUGUAGACCAACCAACACCUACAACGUUAAAUGUUCCUCUUUUAGCUUCUUUAUCCUUAUUUUUAAAUCUACAUAAUAUACUGCUAAUUUAAAAUUAUAGUACACUAAUCAAAGCAUUCACACCACCUUUCGGACAUUGGGACAGAACUAAAAAGCCAUUUUAGUUUAUGCUCGAUUUCUGGAACACGAGGAAAAUACAAGACAUUCUCCAGUCUCGUGUUCUUCACCGCUUUUCAAUUUUUAAAUCUUGAAACUUCUUCCUUCCUCUUCUCCAAAUCCACCGUAGUGAUUUUUGAAAGAAGCAACUUCAGCUCUGUUCUUGUUCAACCCAAAGUUUUCAACUUGAGCUCUGUUCUGCUUACAUCUGAGCUCGUUUUAGUAAUAAAGUUCAGAUUUUUAUUUCUUGGGUCAUUAGUUUAGGGAUGCUGUCCAAAAGUGUUUUUGCUGUCUCUUUCGCACUUAUUUUGCUAUACAUAAACUUGUUCAUCGAAGUCGACGGGAUUGGUGUGAACUGGGGCUCACAGGCAAGUCACCCGCUACCUCCAGCGACGGUGGUGAGGCUUCUCCAGGCUAACGGAAUCCGAAAGGUGAAACUUUUCGAGGCCGACACGAAGAUUCUCGGAGCUUUAAGUCGGUCGGGGAUUCAAGUUAUGGUCGGAAUCCCAAACGACUUACUUGCUCCUAUAGCUGCAAGCGUUGCAGUCGCAGAGAGAUGGGUCUCUCAGAACGUCUCUGCUCAUGUCUCCUCCAAUGGCGUCGAUAUCAGGUACGUGGCAGUUGGUAACGAGCCAUUUCUAAAGGCAUUCAACGGAACAUUCGAGGACAUAACACUCCCCGCUCUCCAGAACAUACAAUCAGCUCUCAUCAAAGCCGGUUUAGCCACCCUGGUCAAAGUCACAGUCCCUCUCAACGCAGACGUGUACCAAAGCGCCUCCAACCUCCCUUCAGACGGAGACUUCAGACUCGAAAUCCGCGACCUCAUGAUCAGCAUCGUCAAGUUCCUAAGCGACAACCAAGCUCCCUUCACCAUCAACAUCUACCCUUUCAUCAGUCUCUACAACGACCCUCACUUCCCCGUGGAGUUCGCCUUCUUCGACGGCACAGGUGAUCCCAUAAACGACAAUGGCAGAGUCUACGACAACGUCCUCGACGCGAACUACGAUACAUUGGUCUGGUCCUUGCAGAAGAACGGGUUUGGUAACUUGUCCAUCAUCGUUGGGGAGGUCGGGUGGCCUACUGAUGGAGAUAAGAACGCUAACAUGCAGUACGCACGGCGGUAUAAUCAAGGGUUCAUGAACCGUCAGAGAGCUGGGAGAGGCACGCCUAUGAGACCUGGUCCUAUGGACGCUUACUUGUUUAGCCUUAUCGACGAAGACGCCAAGAGCAUUCAGCCAGGGAACUUUGAGAGACACUGGGGGAUGUUUUACAUCGAUGGACGGCCUAAGUAUCAGCUCAGCCUUCUUGCUAACGGUAAUGGGUUGAUCCCAGCGAAGGAUGUGCAUCAUAUGGGGAAGAAAUGGUGUGUUCUUGCGCCGUCGGCUAGUCUUGAGGAUCCUCAGCUGGGACCGAGCGUUGGAUACGCUUGUGAUCAUGCUGAUUGCACUAGUCUUGGGUAUGGCUCGUCGUGUGGUGGCUUGGAUUUGGCGCAGAAUGUUUCGUAUGCGUUUAAUAGUUAUUACCAGGUGAGUGACCAGCUGGAGAGUGCGUGUAAGUUCCCUGGGGGUAUAUCUAUGAUCGUUACUAGGGAUCCUUCUUUUGGGAGUUGUCAGUUUAAGAUAAUGAUCAAGUCAGAUUCUUCAGGUGGUGAAGCAAGUACCAAGAUGUGUUUAACAAGAUCAGUGGCAGUGUUGUUACUCUUGUUGAUGUGUAUGUAUAUUGUUCUAUGAUGGUUUUUUGAUUGUUUAUUCUUCUGUUUUAAAGAAAACUUUGGUGUUUAUUGAGAAAUUAUUAAAAGAAACAUUGAGAUUUAUGUAUCA